AUGGAUCGAGUGGAUCUGGAAGAGGUCAAGGCCAAUCUGUUUGGCAAUCUCUCGAGGGAAACGGCAGAUGAUUACUGGACGUGCCUUCGUGCAUUCCUUGCUGCGAAGCUCACCAAGUACGAGUUCGAUUGCCAGAUCUAUGCUAUCCUCGAAGGGCGUCAGGAGAGCGUGGCCUUGCACAACCACUUGAUCAGGUCUCUCAUCCGCAAUGCCUACAACGCGGUGCCGUCGUUUGCGGUGCCGUCGAGCGGCCUAAAGCGCGAGAGCGAUGCAGCUGCGGGUGCGCCCUCGGCCAAGCGCCUCAAGACUGCCGCUGCCGCCGCGGCCAAGGCAGCCGCCGCUCCCGGUGCCUCCAGCAUCGUCCAUCACCUGCGCCUGGCUCACGACUUUGGCGGCGCGACGUCACCGUCAUCGUGGGCGCUACGCAACCGAAUGUACAAAAUAGCCACCGAAGCCGGCCUCACCGAAAUCUCACCCGAGGCCGUAAACCUCAUGACACACGCCAUGGAGCAUCACCUCAAGGACAUUCUUGACGCGUGCAAGCGAACGAAAACGCUCACACCAUCAGGACUCGCAACGGCCGCCUCUUCUACCACAACAUCACCAGCCUCCACCGCCUCCGCUCGCUCCUUCUCGCCACACACUGUAUUUAAUCAGCCCGAGGGCAACACCAUCUCCGCACGGGACAUGCUCACCAUGGUGCAGCACCGCCCCUACCUGCUGGGCGAGGACCUGCCCGUCAACCAGGAGAGAAUCCUCCUCAUCCAGGAAGACUACUAG